GAGAGAGAGAGAGAGAGAGGCGCACGGCGCACGGGACAGGAGCAUACCGGUCGGACUCGGAAGUCGCGAGGAUGGAGAUCCGUCCAGACCGCUUUAAGGCUCAGGCAGGAAAAACUUUGGGGAAAAUACACAGACUCCUGGAGAAACGGCAGCAGAAUGGCGAGACUAUCGAGCUGUCAGCGGAGGGCCGCCCGGAGGUGGUGGAGGAGAAGGAGCUUCCCAUCGUGGACUGCACGUGUUUCGGGUUGCCGCGUCGUUACAUCAUCGCCAUCCUGUCAGGCCUGGGCUUCUGCAUCUCGUUCGGCAUCCGCUGUAACCUGGGUGUGGCCAUCGUCAGCAUGGUCAACGACCACACCAUUUACUACGGAAAGAAACCUGUCAUAGUGGCUGCUCAGUUCACAUGGGACCCCGAGACGGUAGGGAUGAUACAUGGCUCAUUCUUCUGGGGUUACAUCGUCACACAAAUACCCGGGGGAUUCAUCUGUCAAAAGUUUGCCGCUAACAGGGUGUUUGGCUUUGCCAUCGUGGCCACGUCGACGCUGAAUAUGCUGAUCCCAGCAGCAGCAAGAGUUCACUAUGGGUGUGUUAUCAUGGUCAGGAUUUGCCAGGGGCUUGUGGAGGGUGUGUCAUAUCCUGCAUGUCAUGGCAUCUGGGCCAAAUGGGCUCCGCCACUUGAAAGAAGUCGAUUGGCAACAACAGCGUUCUGUGGUUCAUAUGCCGGUGCUGUUGUUGCAAUGCCUUUGGCUGGAGUCUUGGUCCAGUACACCGGAUGGUCCUCAGUGUUUUAUGUGUAUGGGAGUGUUGGGAUAUUCUGGUAUCUCUUCUGGAUUUUAGUGUCCUAUGAGAGUCCAGCUGCUCACCCAACCAUCACACCAGAGGAGAGGAAGUACAUUGAGGAUGCCAUCGGGGAAUCCGCCGGCCUGGUCAACCCUCUGCAGAAAUUUAAAACUCCCUGGCGACACUUCUUUACCUCCAUGCCUGUGUAUGCCAUCAUCGUAGCCAACUUCUGCAGAAGCUGGACCUUCUACCUGCUCCUCAUCAGCCAGCCCGCUUACUUCGAGGAGGUGUUUGGCUUUGAAAUCAGCAAGGUGGGGCUGGUGUCUGCACUUCCUCAUUUAGUGAUGACCAUUAUCGUGCCAAUUGGAGGACAACUUGCUGACUACAUGAGAACACAUAAUAUAAUGACCACAACGAAUGUCCGUAAACUCAUGAACUGUGGAGGGUUUGGAAUGGAAGCCACUCUACUCUUGGUUGUUGGUUUCUCACAUACCAAAGUAAUAGCUAUUUCUUUCCUUGUACUGGCGGUUGGUUUCAGUGGAUUUGCAAUUUCAGGGUUUAAUGUGAAUCAUCUUGACAUUGCUCCACGUUAUGCCAGCAUCCUGAUGGGAAUCUCCAAUGGAGUGGGAACUUUGUCAGGAAUGGUGUGUCCUCUCAUAGUUGGAGCCAUGACCAAACAUAAGACACGUGAAGAGUGGCAGUAUGUCUUCCUCAUUGCAUCACUGGUGCAUUAUGGGGGUGUGAUCUUUUAUGGGAUCUUUGCAUCAGGUGAGAAGCAGCCAUGGGCGGAUGCUGAGGAUACCAGUGAGGAGAAGUGUGGCAUUCUGGGAGAGGACGAACUGGCCAAUGAAACGGAAGAGCUGUACAGGACUGGAGGACAGUACGGAGCUAUAAACAAUCCCCAUGCUGGUGGUCCGAACGGAGGAGGUGCUGGGGCAGAAUGGGUAUCAGAUUGGGAUAAAACAGAAGAAUAUGUUCAACCGGUCGGGACAAAUAGUUAUUUAUAUGGCGGAGAGGGAGAGAGAGAUCUCACAUAGUGGGAAAAAACAGAGUCUAUAUAUCUAAGAGUUAAAGGAAUAAAGAUCAAUACGGAGUAAAUAAAUAGACAGAGUGAGUGAGUGAGUGAAUGUGUGAGUGUGUGAAUAAGCAACAGAGCAAAUGAGUUUCCAAACUGAUGAUCAGAUUAUGUCAUGAUUGUUCUAUAAACAUACACACUGAAGUGUGUGUGUGUGUGUGUGUGUGUGCUAAAGCGAGUCAUUUGUGUUUCAGAUUGAGAAUACAGUGGUGCUCUGUGAAUUAUAUGUUCAGUAUUUUAGGCUUCCUGCCAAAAUCACUGUAAUGCACUUAAAGUGACACAGCAAUAUUAGACAUGUUGAUGGUUGUGGUGUACGAGUAUACAGUAUAUGAGCUUCUGUGUGUGUGUGUGUGUGUGCGUGCUCCUGGUGAGUGUGUAUGUGUAAGUUUCCAUAUUGUGCUCGGCUCCUUUUGUUUUAUCCAGUGCUUUAAAUGGUAAAAGGGUUCAAGCAAAUCUAUGGACGUGAAGACAUUUAUUUGAUCAUAAGUUUGUGCACUUAUAUAUGUUAUCCUUAAAGGGAAAGUCACCAAAAAUGAAAAUUCUGAAAAUUAUAUAUAUAUUUUAGAAAUAUGGUUAAUAAAAAGUAAUCGAAUUUCCAUAUUGGCCUAAACUAUUCCUUUAUACAUGACUGAAAGUGUGUGCGAGUUUAAAUGACCCAGAUCCUCAUCAUUGGGUCAGUGCACAAGCGUGUUUUCAUCCUUUGAUGUACUAUAUUAUUCACAUAUACACGUUUUCACAAGCUUACACACAUGCACACAUUUUCAAUAAAUCUGUGGAUAAAUCAAUUUUACGCAUGUCGAAGGUUUACUGAUAUUACUGCCAGGCAAACUUUACACAUUACAUUUACAUUUAUGCAUUUAUCCAAAAGGUGGGAACUGAACCCAUGACUUUGGUAUUGCUGAUGCUAAUGCCAUGAGUCCAAAUAAAUAUCGACAUGCACAAACAGAAAAAAAAAAAACAGGUGAAUUACAAGGUGUAAGUGCCGAAAUCCUGAGAAGUUGAUGGGUUGUAUUCUCAGCAUAUGCAGAUUUCAUCAUGGAUGGGAAUGGAAAGAGGAUGAUUAAUUAGUGACCAACUGAUUCUGCCCUUUAAUUUGAUGUUAUUCUGCUUCAUGUGUUUGUAAUUUUUGGCGCUUAAUUCCUGAACCUUUAAUUUGUUUCUUUAUUUUGUUUUCCUAAAUGUAACUUGACUUGUCAGCACAAUAUAAACAAAACAACAAAAACAUGCUUUCCCUUUGGAGGAAAAACUGAAAUAAUAAUAAUAAUAAUAUAAUUUAAAAAUGUGUACAAAUUGUAUAUGUGAACAUUCCCUGUGUACAAUAAAACUAACAAAAUGUAUAAA